CAUGGGAAUUGAUGAUUUCUCGGAUAACGAAAAUAUUCAGGGGCACAAUCGCAUGGUCGAAAACCUUGCAAUGCAUGAUAGUAAUGACCAUAGUGCAAUGCCAGAGGCCGGCGCGAGAGAGGUGCCAGCUGAUCUCAUUGAUGACCCUAGCUCGGACGAUGCAGACACACAUUCUGGCACAGAAGAAGAACCUUCCAUGGACCCCUUGAGUAUAUCGGAAGCUUUUGAAGAGAGUCUCGAACUCGCUGCUUUAGCUAAUGAACUCACGGCCGAGGAAAUUGAUCAACUUGCGAAUGAUGACAAUCUGCUCACCCCGGUCAGCAACAGGACAUUGAAGCGGCCCAAUCUGUUUGACUACCCGGGAUCUGGGAAGCGCCGGCGUGUUGAAAGCACACAAGACACUCCGCGUGUAUCACUCAACCAGGAUUCUGUUCAUGAAAAGGCGCGGCUAGUCGAUUCGUCCGAGAAUACUUCCCAACGUCCCAGUCAACUGCCGCAAGGCAGAGGCGAGGCUUCAACACAAUCUUUUUCGGUAGUGAAGAAUGCAAACGGUUUAUCAACCGGAUUGCGUUGGAGUCAGUCAGACUAUUCCAGAUCUCAAGGGACCCCCCAAACCCCCGCAAUGAAGCGUCUUACCGCCACAAAGACUUACGAAACCCCCAAAACACCGUGGAGCACACAAAAGAAGUCGCCAUUCGUUUCGAGCAGUAGUAUGACUGCCACUGAUUCGGAUGCUGCUGCUUUGACGAAGCUGCUGGGGAAGUCUUCAGUCCACAGUGUGAACACUCUGUAUUUUGGAAUGCUACCGCCGACUGUGGAUGACAUCGAAGAAACUUGGCUGGAGACAGGGCUGCCUCCAGUUAUAUACCAAGAUGCAUUCUAUAGCGAUGAGAAUGACGUACCAGAGAGGGCAAGAGAAUAUGCCGGCAGAGAGUUCAGGUUGCAAAGCAACACUCUGCCUUACCUUCCACCUUUUGACCCUACAGGUCAAGCCCCCGCGAAUUUUGGAGAGCACCCUCCUGUUGUAUAUAACAAAACCAAAGAGGAAUCAGAAAGUCAAGCUCGCGCGCAGAAAUGCAGUCUACGUAAUUGGGAGAUGGCCGUUGCUCCCCCAUCUUUCGAUGAGGUGGAGAAUUGGAUGCAUCAAGAGAAUCAGCAAGCCACACCUGGCGUUACUAAGAUGACAUCGAAGUCUGAAGAAAAGUCCAAGCGCCCUCAAAGAGCGCUUUCCCAAAUAGAAGGUCCUACGCAAAAGAACAAACACGACUUCAAAUACUCGCAGAAGAAAAAGUCGACAAGUGUCAAGCAUGAAACACAAUACAUGAGCAUCAUGAGUCUGGAAGUGCAUAUCAACUCAAGGGGAUCGCUAGUACCAGACCCGAGUCAGGAUGGGAUACAGUGCGUGUUCUGGUGCGUCCAAGGAGAAGAGGAUGCAAUCGACGACAAGCCCCGUGUUGGUGUUCUUUGUCUCUCCGAUGAAGACGGGAUCGCGAAGCGUAUUUCCAAGCAAACACACGUGGAGGUAGAGUACGAAGAAGACGAGCUGGAUUUGAUCAAUCGCGUUGUGGACAUUGUACGCCACUUUGAUCCAGAUAUCAUGACCGGCUACGAGGUCCACAAUGGUUCAUGGGGCUAUCUCAUCGAGCGUGCGAGGAUGAAAUAUGAAUAUAACCUCCCUGAUGAGAUCAGCCGCGUCAAAACGCUGUCUCAGGGUAAAUUCGGCAAGGACGCUGACCGUUGGGGAUUCACGCACACCUCGACCAUCCGCAUCAUCGGCCGGCAUAUGAUCAAUAUCUGGCGUGCAAUGCGAGGCGAAUUGAACCUUCUCCAGUACACGAUGGAAAACGUUGUCUUCCAUCUUUUGCACAAACGGAUUCCACACUACCAGCACGCGGACCUUACCGCUUGGUACCGCAGUCCCAAAGCACGGGAUCUAGCCAAGGUUCUCGAAUAUUUCAUUACUCGAGUACAGCUGAACUUGGAUAUUCUCGAGGCGAAUGAUAUCGUUCCAAGAACAAGCGAACAAGCCCGUCUACUCGGCGUAGACUUUUUCUCGGUCAUCUCGCGAGGGUCACAGUACAAAGUCGAAUCGACCAUGUUCCGAAUCGCUAAGCCAGAGAAUUUCAUACUGGUGUCUCCCAGUCGGAAGCAAGUUGGACAACAAAAUGCACUCGAAUGUCUGCCAUUGGUAAUGGAACCUCGCAGUGACUUCUACACCAGCCCUGUACUUGUCCUUGACUUCCAAUCGCUUUACCCAAGUGUCAUGAUCGCGUACAAUUAUUGUUAUUCAACCUGCCUUGGGCGCAUAGUGCCAUGGCGGGGUCAGAACAAGAUGGGGUUUAUGGACUUCAAGCGUGAUCCGCAACUUCUAGAGCUUGUCAAAGAUCACAUCAAUAUAGCCCCGAAUGGCAUGAUGUAUGUCAAGCCCGAGAUGCGUAAAUCGCUGCUCGCGAAGAUGUUGGGUGAGCUUCUGGAAACCCGAGUAAUGGUGAAGAGCGGCAUGAAGCAGGACAAGGACGACAAGACUCUGCAGCAACUUCUCAACAAUAGACAGCUUGCGUUGAAGCUGCUGGCCAACGUGACUUAUGGCUACACGUCAGCAUCCUUCUCAGGUCGUAUGCCGUGCUCCGAAAUCGCAGAUUCCAUUGUUCAGACGGGCCGUGAAACUCUGGAAAAGGCCAUUGCACUCAUCCACUCGGUUGAGAGAUGGGGCGCUGAAGUCGUCUACGGCGACACCGAUUCUCUGUUCAUCCAUCUCAAGGGCCGCACGCGCGACCAAGCCUUUACGAUUGGCGAGGAAAUCGCCGAAGCCGUCACAAAGACGAACCCGAAACCCAUCAAGCUCAAGUUCGAAAAGGUCUACCACCCUUGCGUUCUCAUGGCUAAGAAGCGCUACGUGGGAUUCAAGUACGAAUCCCGCCACCAAGAGGAACCCGAAUUCGACGCAAAGGGCAUCGAAACUGUCCGACGAGACGGCACGCCCGCGGAGCAGAAGAUCGAGGAAAAAGCACUAAAGACUCUGUUCCGCACCAGCGACCUCUCCCAAGUCAAACGCUACUUCCAAGAGCAAUGCACAAAAAUCAUGGCCGGCCGCAUCAGCAUCCAGGACUUCCUCUUCGCCAAAGAAGUCAAGCUGGGCACGUACUCGGACCGGGGCCCACCGCCGCCAGGCGCGCUCCUCGCCGCAAAACGCAUGCUUGCCGACCCGCGCACCGAGCCCCAGUACGGCGAGCGCAUCCCCUACGUGGUGGUCACGGGCGCGCCGGGCGCGCGCCUCGUCGACCGCUGCGUCAGCCCCGACACGCUCCUGCGCAACGACCACAUCGAGCUCGACGCCGAUUACUACAUCACCAAGAACCUGAUCCCGCCGCUCGAGCGCAUCUUCAAUCUCGUCGGCGCAAACGUGCGCCAGUGGUACGACGAGAUGCCCAAGAUCCAACGCAUCCGCAACAUCGCGCUCCCCAUCAACCUCCCUCCUCCCACUACCACCACUCACAACCACCCUCUGCGCACCGCAAAACCAAAACCCAAAAAACAAACCCUCGAGAGCUACUUACCCCCCUCAACUUGUAUCUUCUGCCGCUCCAAACUCCCUCCCCCUUCCUCCCACCACCCUCUUCCCUCCCGCUUCCCCGCCUCCCUCCCCCUCUGCCCCCGCUGCCUCAAAAAACCAGCCCGCUCCCUCCUCGCUCUCCGCGAAUCCCUGCGUCAGAGCGAAUCCCGCGUCGCCCGCGUCAACGCCGUGUGUCGCAGCUGCGCUAACGUACCGUGUGGCGAUGCCAUUGUGUGCGAUAGCUGGGAUUGCCCUGUGCUGUAUACGAGGGUUAGGGAGACGGGGAAAUUGGAGAGGUUGAGGGAUGGUGCGGUUGGGUGGGUUGUUGGGGUUCUGGAGGGGGUUUGUGAGGGGGACAUGGAGUGGUAGAUGGGGUGGUGAAGGGGGAUAAGGAAAGGGAGAGGGUGUUGAUGAUUUACUCUCCGUCCUCUAUUCUCUUUUUCUCUCUUCUCUUUUAGGUUGGAAAGAGAUUUGUUGUUUUGUCUUGUAUCCGUUCAAGCACAACUCGUUUGAUGCGUUCUUUUGCGUUUUACUUUUACUUUACCAUAGAAGUAUAUAUUUUUUAGAAUUUUGUUUUUCUUUUGCUUAUUCAAUGGAAGUUUUUCUUCUGUAUAGUAGUGUUGUUUUCUUA